AUGCUAGCCAAAGGACGAUAUGUUUUGGUCAUCUUGUCCCUUCUGCUCCAAUCCAUUCAAUCGCAGAACACAACCCCAGAUUCUAUAGUCGAUCUCGGAUACGCGCGCUACCGAGGCCUGCACAACUCAACCCUCAAGCAAACAACAUACUACGGCCUGCACUAUGCGCAUUCUCCAACAGGCACCCUACGGUGGAAAUCCGCUAUCCCAAUCGCCCGAUCAAACCCACAUAACCCCCCAAAUCAUGCCAUCGCAAAUUCUCAAAAUGCCCCAGUCAUAAACGCAACAAUACCCGCCGCAACAUGCAUCCAAGGCAACCCGGGCUGGUACCCUCAAGAGCUAUCCCCACCAAAUGACGGCUCAUCGUCUGAGGACUGUCUCACACUCAACGUCAUUGUCCCCUCAUCACCUCCAUCGUCUGAGUUAUUGCCCGUCGUCGUGACAAUCCAUGGCGGGGGCUACACCACCGGCUCCGCGCUUUUUACGCUGCCGUCUCCAUUAUUCAAACACACGACGGGAAGCUUCAUAGGCGUAAGUCUGCAGUACCGUUUGGGCGCCUACGGAUUUCUUGGAUCUCGAAAGUUCGUAAGUGAAGGAGGAGAGACGAACCUGGGGUUAAGGGACCAGCGAGUGGCGUUGGAGUGGGUGCGCGAAAACAUUGCGAGGUUCGGCGGCGACCCGGACAAGAUUGUCAUUUGGGGCAGUAGUGCUGGGGGUGGAAGUCUGACGGCACAGAUGGUUUAUGAAGGUGGGGGUGGAGAGGUUAGGGAAGGAUGGAGGUUGUUUAGAGGGUCGGUGGUUGAGUAUCCUUGGUGGCAGCAAUUUCUGCGAGACGAGCAAUUGGAGAGGCAGUAUGGGUAUUUGUUGAGGGCGGCGGGAUGUAAGGAUUUGGCUUGUUUGAGGGGAGUUGAUGAGAAGAAGUUGGCGAACUCGACUCGAGAGAUAUAUGGUGUCGGUUACGAGACUGGAGAGUAUCCGUACGGGAGUUUCUGGUUCGGCCCGUACGUCGACGGGGAUAUCAUGAAGGGGCUACCGAGUGAAGAGUUUGAGGGCAAAAGAUUCAUCGACAGGCCGUUACUCAUCGAUAGGGAUAUGUACGAGGGCUGGUCAUUCACCAACAUGUCGCUCGAGACGAAGGAAGAUGAAGAGAAGGACCUGAGAACUGUGUUUCCGUAUGCGACGGCUGAGUUUAGAAAGAGGCUCGAUGAGGUCUAUCCACGAGAAGCAUUCAAUUCUACACUCUCGAGGAGGGCCACUUGGUUUGGGGACAUGACCAUCCAUUGCCCAACACGCCUACUAGCGGAAGUGCAUGCAAAUGCAUGGAAACUUGUCUUCAAUGCCGGAACACAAACCCAUGCUGCGACAGCCUUUUUUCUUUACGAUCUACCCGAUAUGAUAGGACCGAAAUACAAUGCCACGUUGGCAGCAAUCAUGAAAGACUGGGUUGGCUCGUUUGCGGUACAUGUUGAUCCUAACAUUCGGAGUUGGAGCAAUGUCUCAAAACCGCACUGGGAUGAGUAUCAUUCGACGGAAAAGAGGCCAACAGUGUUGGCUAACCAGACAGAAAUUGGCGUGCCUGGAGAUUUAGACUUGGUCAUCGAUGACAGAUGCCAAUUCUGGAGACAAUACCGGGGUAUAGCACAAAAUUAA